UCGGCCCAAGGUACCCUAGAUUGAAUUCAAAAUUUGAAUCAUUUCUGUGUUUUCCAUUCCCAAACGGCCAACCCUAGCGAGGAAGAAGAAAAGCAGAUUUGUAGCCAUGGAAGAUCAUCUUGGGAGCUUGGAUCCGGAGACAGAGUUUCUGUACUCGAACCGCGAAACGGGGCACGAGUGGGAACUCUUUAAGGAGAAUGUGAGGCCCUUGAAGAGAGGCCGAAACGUUGGCCUCCUAAAUCACGCCCUCAAAUGCAACAUCGACAACCAAGUCAAGAACUCUCUCCUCCACACCCGAAGGAGGUUGAUCCAGGCCAUUGAUGAGUACGAAGGAGAUGAUCCCCUUCAUCCGUGGAUCGAGUGCAUUAAAUGGGUUCAGGAGGCAUUCCCUCCUGGUGGAGACUGUUCAGGACUAGUUGUGAUUUAUGAACAGUGUGUGCGCACUUUUUGGCAUUCAGAUCGCUAUAAGGAUGACCUCCGUUAUCUGAAAGUGUGGUUGGAAUAUGCUGAAAAUUGUGUAGAUGCAGAAGUCAUUUAUAAGUUUUUGGAUGCAAACAACAUUGGACAGAUGCAUUCUGUAUACUUCAUAUCAUAUGCUUUGCACAUGGAAUCUAAGAAUAAAAACAAAAAGGCCAAUGAUAUAUACAACCUUGGGAUAUCUCGGAAUGCUAAGCCAAUAGACAAAUUGGAAGCAGCCUAUAGGAAAUUUCUAGCACAUUCAAUGGGAAGACCAAGAAUGGUUGAUGAGGAUUCAGCAGAGAACCGUUUACCAGUUCGAAGUUUUGGAACAGUCCUGAAUAAGGGAGAAAACAAAAGACUGGCUCAACAGAAUUCUGAUCUUGCUAGGAAAAAGUUGAAGGCAGAUAGGUCUCGUUUGGCUCCACUUUCUGUUUAUAAAGAUACUAGUUUGAAUUUCCCUUCGGGUCUUCCAGCAGAUUUAUCAAAGACAGACUUGAAAUCCUGGCACACUCUUGGACCUCAAGCAGAAAGAAACAAAGAAAAUAAUGCAUUACCUUCCAAAUGGACGGCAUACAAGGUUCCACAGAGACCUGUAUCUAGAACUGGAGGAGCAACUGCAAGUGCUCGGAUUGAGGUGUUUGUUGACGAGGAAUGUUCAGAAAGAAAAAAGGUUGAGUCUGAGGGGGAAAAGUCCUCAGCUUUGCAGCUGGAACAGGGGGAUAUCCAAAAUCUCAAGAAGUAAGCGAUAGAGAGCAUUUUUAUCUGGAUACUUUCUAGGAAUUAAAGUUGUGCGCAAUAUUAAAUGACUGGGUCGUGUGUGAGAUGUCAUGCGUGCAACCCGUGAGCUUUGUGGGUUAAUGCAAUGCACAUGGAGAAGGGCUUUGAAGCCCAUGGAGCAGCCUAAUACAAGAGAAGCCCAAGCUUUUAAUUAGAAAGAGGGACGACCAUAGAGACAUGAGGCAUGCGCAGAGUGAAGAAACCAAAGGAGAAGUAGGGCCUUAUGUGGACAUAAGAGUGGGUUGCGGGCCAUGUGUGUUUGGGUCAUCGGGUUGCAUGCAAGAAGAGUGGGCUUGCUGGGCCGUGUGUGUGUGUGAGUUAAGAAUUAAUUUGAAGCAAAGAACAAAAGGAGGCCCAUGGCUUUGUGUGUACUGGAACAGAAAUGGAAAAGAGAAACAAAAAGAAAGAGGAGGGCGGGGUCUUUGAUGUGACCUGCCCAUGCAAAAGCUUGUUUCAAAGGGCAGCUCGUGUGAGUCUUUUUGUUGUGUGCACUGGGAGUUGCAAAUAAGAGGGGCAGUGUGCAUUGGGGAACCUGUGUGUGUGAGAAGCAAAUGAAAAAAAGAAAAGAAAAAUUGAGUGGGCCGGGUCUUGAUGUGACCCGGGCAUGCAAUGGCUUCCGUGUGUGUGUGUUUUGCUAGCUAGAGAGGUGCACUGGUAGCUGGAAGGGGGUGUUGGUGCUGGGUUUGUGUGAGGGCUUUUUAGGAAGGGCAUUAAAUGUAAAAGUGGAGGCUAGACUUGGAAAGAGGUUGAGGCAGUGUAGGGUUUGGAAGUUGUUGUUGCGUGUGGGUUUUCUUUCAAACUUUGGGAGCUAUGCCGCCGGGGAGACUUUUUGCCAUGGAGACCCGAGCCUCUUCUCCAUCUCCAUCUCCAUUCCUCUCUCUCUCUCUCUCUCUCUCUCGUGUUAAUUAGUUGCUGUUAUUUAUUUUCAUUUUGUCAUUUCAAUACAUGUUUUAAUAUUUGGUUUUAAUCAAUCAUUACAUUGAAUACUUUUAUUUGGAGUUAAUUUUGAAUUUAAGUUUUUGUUUAAGCUAGUUUGCACAUUAAAUUAUUUCAUUGUUAAAGAAUUUAUUUUUAGU